UAAAAUCAGAUCAGUCACAUUCAAACGGUGUCAGUGAUAAAGUGAGUGGCAUCGUCAAAGCACUGGAACACCAGGACAAAAUUGAUAAGAUGGCAGUGAAGCGAACACAGAACAAAUCGAUAACCGGAGAUUUGAAAUCCAGCCUGCAUCCGAAACUUGAAGAUGAUGAAACGUUACUAGCGGUCGACUUUGAAGUGUUCGGCAAAGUGCAAGGGGUCUUCUUCCGGAAACACACGAUGUUGGAAUGUAGAAAAUUGGGUGUCAAAGGCUGGGUCAUGAACACUCCUAAAGGUACCGUCAUUGGAGUGUUGGAAGGCGAAGAAGAAAAAAUUCAACGAAUGCUCUACUGGCUGCAGUUUAAAGGAAGUCCCAAGUCGAUCAUUGAGAAAACAAAAUUUUCGAACAAGAGAGAAAUUCCAAAAUUGACUUUCACAGAUUUCACCAUAAGAAAAUAAAAAACCAUUUAUCUAUUAUUAAAACAUCACAUUUUUAUACGUCCUUUUACAAAAAAUUUUACAAAGAAAAAAUAAAGCAGCAGUGUCAAAAUGUGAAUAAUUUUGAAAAAAACAAUUAUGAAAAUGGGAUUGAUUAUUUAUUUGAUGGAUGUGUAUGUGUUGGACGGUACCUAUUAUAAACUUCUUAAUAAAAAGACACUCUAAACA